CUUAUAAUAAAAUCAAUGGAUCCAUUCCCUCCGAAAUAGGGAUGCUGAAAAAUCUGGCCAUUUUAUACCUUUCUUGGAACAUGCUCGUCGGUCCAAUCCCUUACACUCUAAGUCAUUUAACUAAUUUGAAAUAUUUGCUCCUUGCUCAGAAUAAAAUCAAUGGAUCCAUUCCCUCCGAAAUAGGGAUGCUGAAAAAUCUGACCUAUUUAGAUCUUGGUUCAAACAUGCUCGUCGGUCCAAUCCCUUCCACCAUUGGUUAUUUAACUAAUUUGGAAUAUUUGUUCAUUGGUCAGAAUAAAAUCAAUGGAUCCAUUCCCUCCGAAAUAGGGAUGCUGAAAAAUCUGACCUAUUUAGAUCUUGGUUCAAACAUGCUCGUCGGUCCAAUCCCUUCCACCAUUGGUUAUUUAACUAAUUUGCAAUCUUUACACCUUGAUCAGAACAAAAUCAAUGGAUUCAUUCCCUCCGAAAUUGGGAUGCUGAAAAAUCUAACCGAUUUAAACCUUUCUUCGAACAUGCUCGUCGGUCCAAUCCCUUUCAUCUGGGAUAAUUUAACUAAUUUAGAAUAUUUAGACCUUAGUGUAAACUACUUAAUUGGAAGCAUUCCCUAUCACGAGGAUAACCUUUAUUGGGUGAAAUAUGUUAACCUUAGUCAUAACUUUAUUAGAGGAGAAAUACCCGUUGCAUUUGGGAGUGUUGUAGGAGCCCAUUUGUCGAGUUUGGAUCUUAGCUACAAUAAGCUUACGGGCCAUAUCCCCCCUUCUCUCAUUUAUAUAAAAGAAAUUGACUUGUCACACAAUUCUUUGAAGGGUCGAAUUCCAGACGGUUUUGAUCGGUAUCAUAAAUCCUACACAUUAACUGGAAAUAGGGAUUUAUGCGGUCAAUUUAAGCUUUUCCCUCCAUGCCCCAAGAGUAAAAAAUCAAUAGUAACCAAAAUAAAAUUUUUCGCUCCCAUCACCACUUUCCUCGGAUUCCUAGUUAUUGGGGGUAUUCUCUUGUCUCGUUGUGUGUUUAAGAAAAAUCAGUUUGAGUUAAGAGAAUCUAAGAAUGGAAACAUAUUCUCGAUAUGGAAUUAUGACGGACAUAUUGCAUAUGAAGACAUCAUUGAAGCAACUGAGGAUUUUCACAUCAGAUAUUGCAUUGGAACUGGUGGUUAUGGUAGCGUUUACAAAGCAGAAUUACCAAGCGGAAAUGUGGUUGCCUUAAAGAAACUUCAUCAGAGAGAGGCUGAGAAUCCAGUUUUCUAUAGGAGUUUUAUAAAUGAAGUGAGAGUGUUAACAGAGAUUCGACAUCGAAAUAUUAUGAAGUUGCAUGGAUUCUGUGUACAUAAAGGAUGCAGAUUUUUAAUUUAUGAGUACAUGGAAAGGGGAAGCCUAUUUUGUGUCCUAAGAAAUGUUGAUGAAGCUAUGGAACUUGAUUGGAGCAAGAGGAUAAACAUCAUCAAAGGCACGGCACACGCCUUAUCUUACAUGCAUCACGAAUGCAUCCCAGCAAUUGUUCAUAGAGAUAUAUCAUCCAACAACAUUUUGCUGAACUCCAAAUUCCAAGGUUUUAUAUCUGACUUUGGAACUGCUAAACUCCUUGAUCCUGACUCUUCCAAUCAAACAUUGGUUAUUGGCACUUAUGGUUAUAUUGCUCCAGAGUUUGCUUACACAAUGACAGUUACUGAAAAAUGCGAUAUAUAUAGCUUUGGAGUGGUGGCACUAGAAGUAUUAAUGGGAAGGCAUCCGGGAGAACUCUUGUCCUCAUUAUCAUCAUCAUCAUCAUCAUCAUUUCAAAAUAUGAUGCUUAAUGGAAUAUUAGACAGACGAUUGCCACUCCCAAAUCGUCUAAUUGGACAGGAUAUUUUGCUUGUUGCUACAAUAGCAUUUGCAUGCCUUCAUACUCAGCCAAAAUCUCGACCAACAAUGAAAUGUGUGUCACAAGAAUUUCUCUCUCGCAGGAAGCCGAAUGUCAUACCCUUGACUACGGUUUCACUCAUGCAACUAAGCAAACAAGCAGUAUAUAUGGAAGGAUCAGGAUUUGCUUAUUGUUAGGGUGUUUUUUGUGUUGUCAAGGUGUUAUAUACAUU